AGAAGCCGAUGCAAUGACAGAAGCAACAACGCGCUGAUUGUCCCGCCCUCAGCUCAGGAGGACUAGGCAGUGGUUCGAACGAGCCCCGCUCGGGGACAGACGUGAUUCCGCAUUGGGGACCAUUGAGAAACCGUGGUCGGCCUGGGGCGCCAUUACCGCUGUGGACUACAAGUCCCAGAAGGCGCGGCGGCGGAACAGACGCUUGCGCAGUGGCGUCAGUUGUGCAGCGCUAUGACAACAGGCGGAGAGGGCUGGGAGUGGGGCUGGAGUGGCGAGUGGUAGGCUCCUCCGCGCCCGUGGGUUUUCCGCUGCUGCGUCCCGCUCUCUGCCCCCUGCGUGGAUUUCUCCUGUUUGUGAGCAGCAGGAGUUGAAGUUUUCCUCGCCUGCCUGUUGGGUCCCGAAGAUGGAUGUCGCCCCCUCGGCUUGUCUCUGUGGAUGACAGAGCGGGUGUAGGGGGUCUUCUUGGGGCGAGUCGCUCCAACUCUGCGGAGCUGAUCUGAUGGUGCUGCCCGGAGGGACGAGGAGCGGGUGGUGCCGUUACGGGUGGGUUUUUUGUGCACCUUCCGUUCUUGCGUGGGCUCCAUCGCCGGGAGCCUGGGACAGGCGUUCUUGAGGGGAGAUCUCCGGCAAAAGAGUUCGCAGGGACGUGGGCGCAGCCCGCACUCGGCCUGAGAGCGAAAGAACAUGUCUUUAUUUAAAGCCCGUGACUGGUGGUCCACUGUUCUGGGAGAAAAAGAAGAAUUUGAUCAAGGCUGUUUGUGUUUGGCUGAUGUUGACAACAGUGGAAGUGGACAAGAUAAAAUAAUUGUGGGUAGCUUUAUGGGAUACCUAAGAAUCUUUAACCCCCACCCUGUAAAAACGGGAGAUGGAGCUCACGCUGAAGAUUUGCUUCUGGAAGUGCAUCUGAGAGAUCCGAUCCUGCAGGUGGAAGUCGGGCAGUUUGUUUCAGGUACUGAGCUGCUUCAUUUGGCUGUGCUGCAUUCUAGAAAACUUUGUGUCUACUCUGUCUCAGGAACCCUGGGUAAUGUGGAACAUGGGAACCAAUAUCAGAUCAAGCUGAUGUAUGAACAUAAUCUUCAGAGAACAGCCUGCAACAUGACGUACGGAUCGUUUGGUGGUGUCAAAGGUCGAGAUUUAAUUUGUAUCCAGUCUAUGGAUGGAAUGCUGAUGGUGUUUGAGCAGGAAAGCUAUGCUUUCGGGAGGUUUCUCCCCGGUUCCCUUCUCCCUGGCCCUCUUGCCUACAGCUCCCGCACGGAUUCCUUCAUCACGGUGUCGUCCUGCCGGCAAGUGGAGAGUUACAAGUACCAAGUGCUUGCUUUUGCAACAGAUGCAGAUAAAAGGCAGGAGACGGAACAGCAGAAACUUGGUUCUGGAAAAAGACUAGUUGUGGAUUGGACGCUAAAUAUUGGAGAGCAAGCCCUCGAUAUAUGUAUUGUCUCCUUCAAUCAGUCAGCCUCCUCUGUGUUUGUUCUUGGCGAGAGAAACUUUUUUUGUCUUAAGGAUAACGGACAAAUUCGGUUCAUGAAGAAGCUAGAUUGUAGCCCAAGCUGUUUUCUCCCUUACUGCUCAGUAUCUGAAGGAACGAUCAAUACUUUGAUUGGAAACCAUAGUAACAUGUUGCAUAUUUAUCAGGAUGUGACACUGAAGUGGGCCACUCAACUUCCCCACAUUCCUGUAGCAGUAAGAGUGGGCUGCUUGAAUGACUUGAAGGGCGUGAUAGUUACCCUGAGUGACGAUGGUCGCUUGCAGUGCUCCUACCUGGGGACCGAUCCUUCCUUGUUCCAAGCUCCAAAAGUUGAAUCUAGAGAACUCAACUAUGAUGAACUUGACAUAGAGUUGAAAGAACUUCAAAAAAUCAUCAAAGAUGUGAACAAGUCACAAGUUCUUUGGCCCAUGAUGGAGAGAGAAGAUGACUUGAAAGUUUCAGUCCUGGUUUCUCCAAGUUUUGAUGCUGUUUCUCAAGCCACUGAUGUUGAAGUGGGAACUGAUCUUGUCCCUUCUAUCACAGUGAAGGUCACACUGCACAAUCGAGUGGUAUUACAAAAAGUCAAGUUAUCCAUCUAUGUGCAAUCACCAUUAGUACUCACUCAGGAUCAGUUCACCUUUGAAUUUUCAACCCCAGAGAUGACUAGCACUGUAUCCUUUUCUGUUUAUCUGAAAAGAAAUUAUAUGCCGUCUGCGCUGGAUGGAAAUGCUGUGGUUUCUUACUUGAGACCAACAGAUCGAAAUCCUGAUGGAGUUCCUCGUGUUAUCCAGUGUAAAUUUAGACUUCCCCUGAAGUUAAUCUGCCAGCCAGGCCAGCCUUCCAAGACUGCAAGCCACAAGUUAACUAUUGAUACGAACAAGCCUCCCGUCAGCCUCCUCAGUCUCUUCCCAGGCUUUGCCAAUCAGUCAGAUGAUGACCAGGUGAAUGUAAUGGGUUUCCGUUUCCUAGGAGGUUCCCGAGUUACCCUUUUGGCUUCCAAAACUUCCCAACGAUACCGCAUUCAGAGUGAACAGUUUGAAGAUCUCUGGCUGAUAACAAAUGAGCUUAUUCACCGCCUCCAAGAACAUUUUGAGAAACAAGGAAUCAAAGAUUUUGCAUGUUCUUUUUCUGGAUGCAUGCCCCUUCAAGAGUAUUUUGAGUUGAUUGAUCAUCAUUUCGAGCUGCGGAAAAAUGCUGAAAAAUUAGAAGAACUCUUAUCUGAGAGAGCUGUGCAAUUUCGGGCCAUUCAACGCCGGCUGUUAACAAGGUUCAAAGAUAAGACGCCUGCCCCACUCCAACACCUGGACACGCUGCUGGACGGAACCUACAAGCAGGUGGUGGCUUUAGCAGACGCCAUUGAAGAAAACCACGGCAAUCUGUCGCAGUUGUUCACCAGGUUGAAAAGUGCCACCCACUUGAUGAUUCUGCUCAUCGGACUGUGGCAGAAACUCAGUGCUGACCAGAUGGCGAUCCUGGAGGCAGCGUUCCUGCCGCUGCAGGAAGACACGCAGGAAUUGGGCUGGGAGGAAACGGCGGAUGCUGCCAUCUCCCACCUCCUGAAGACCUGCCUAUCCAAGAGUUCAAAGGAGCAGGCUGUGAACCUCAGCAGCCAGCUGGACCCAGCCAAAGACACCAGCCGCCUGAAGAAGCACAUCACCUUGCUCUGUGACCGACUGGCCAAAGGCGGCCGGCUCUGCCUAAGUACGGAUGCGGCUGCCCCACAGACCAUGGUCAUGCCAGGUGGCUGUACUUCGAUCCCAGAAUCAGACCUAGAGGAAAGAGCACUCGACCAAGAAGCUGCAGAACUGUUUACAAACCGCAGGCACCUCAGCACAGAGAUGCCCAUGCCCGAGGAUCCGCCCCUCCAGGGAGUCUCAGAAUAGACCCAGCAGUGCUGUUUGGAGCAGCAGAGCCCCCUUCCCCAGGCACGCCCAGUGGGGACCUCAGGCCACGCAUAGGAGCAGGGUUGGCUCAGGUGCUUUGAGACGACCAGCCAGAGAAGCAGGUUGGGACCUGCGCUUUCCGAGAAGAACCUGUCUGCAGUGCUGUGGGCAAGUCAAGUGAGAGAUCACGUUCAUUUUGGUCUUGCCAGAAAGCGCUGCUGCCGCCUCGGUCACCACUACACGUAGAGGAAAUACUGAGCUCACACAGCAUCUGGAUGGACUGAUAAACAGAGUUGUGGAUGCAAAAAUUAUUUACUACACCCUUUUUUCACAGAAUCUAUAAAUAGUGCAUGUAUCCAGCUU